AUGUCAGACACCAUUGAUCUUGAUAUCGAUCUUGACAAUCUUGACUACGGCGACUUUGACGAUAUCAAUCCAGAUGACCUCGACAUUGACAAUCUUGAACGAGAACUUGGACUCGUCAACGACACUCCCAAGGAAGAGACAUCCACAGCCGAUGACAAGACUCCCACCAAUACCAGCGAGCCAUCUUCGAAUGAGCAAGCCAAGACUACAAGCCAAGAUGCGAAUACAGUAGACACUUCCUCAAAGACACCAUCAGCUGCAAAGAUUCCCUCAUCACCAAAGGCAGCUACUUUGACAACUUCUACCACCACCAACACCACCACCACAAGUAGUAGCCCAAGUAAGGCUGAAGACACCACCAACAACAAACCCAAAGCAUCUUCUUCACCUAUUGCAUCCCCUGCACGACACCAACAUGGCACCAAUGGACAUCAUCAUCAACAACAACAACAACAACAAUACAAUCCUCGUAUGAACCGCGGCAAGCCUUUUAUGAGUGGUCAACAUCAUCAUCCUCCAUUUAAUCCAGGCAUGAUGAACAUCAAUAUGAUGACGAUGAUGAUGCAACAAGCUCAAGUUCCUCGAUUCCCUCAACAUCCAGGCUUCCCAGCAGGCUUCCCAGGAAAAGCUAUCCACAUCAAUCCAAAGUUUGCAGCAAAGUUCAAUGGAUCUCCUCCUUCAGCACCGAUAGAAGCCAGCUCGAUGCCUAUUCCUACAACAACAACAACCCCUUCACAAGAUGCACUCCAACGACAACGUGAACACAUUUUGGAACAGCAACGAAAGCGACGUGAAAGAAAAGCAGCAGAGAUGAAUUCGAGUGGUGGAUCAAUGGAUGCUGGACAAAAGCGGAAAGCUGACAGUGACAAUGACCGUGUCAACAAACGACCAUUUGCGAUCAAGGGUAUGGGAGGAGGAGGAGGAGGAGCAGCCAAAGGUAUCUCGAUUAAGGGUGCUGCCGCUGCUGCCGCUGCUGCUGUUUCUACUUCACCACCACCAUCCUCAUCCAGAUCACCCGUACGUUCAUCCGCUGGAGCACCUCCAAGUAUUCUCAGUCGCAUCAACAACCAUACAAGACAACAAGGCCAAAAACGUUCGGCACAAGAUGAUAUCAACAGACAACAUCCAAAACGACCUGCAUCAAAUGAGACGGUGUCAUCUUUACAAAAGCAAUCCACUACUACACCAUCAUCACCUAUUCCAAUUUCGACUACCGGCAAAUCAUCCAAGCUUGUUGUUUCCAACUUGAGCGAAACAGUGGCCGAGAAAGAGCUCCGUGAUUUGGGUCAAACCAUCCAAGGCGGUAUCAAGGACAUUGACAUUGAUCGAGAGGCACAAAAAGCGACCGUCAUUUUCAAUAAUGCUGAAGCUGCUGUCAUUUUCCGAAGAAAGUACAACCGAUCAUUGUUGGGUGGAAGUCAUAUCCAAGUCUCGUUUGCCACACAAUAA